UGUAUAAAAGUGGAACACACAGUGUUGACAACCACAUACCGUCUCUUCCUAUUCGUUCCGCCUGCACGAGUCCUUCCACACGAGUCCUACAGAAUGUUCCGCCUGGCCGUUGCCCUUGUUGCUGCUCUUUUCGUCUACGAAGUCGCUUGUCAAACUGUCGGUGGGAAUCGUAACAACGGCACUGGUAAUUCUACCACAAACGGUACCGGUGGACGCAACCAAACUGGUGGUCGCAACAGGACUGACGGUGGCGAUGAAGGGAUCUACUACAUAAGUGCGGACCUUGUCUCGGGAGUUCUCUAUCAGGUUGUCAGUGUGCUCAUUGGACUCAUCUACGCACUCGGAGGAUUCGGAUAUGGAGAGGAGUUCGGAGGCAAUUCCACUAACUCUUCUAAUCUCACCGGACCGUAUUGA